AUGCUGACCCGCAAGGCAGUAGCUAAGGACAUGGAGAAUAAAUUAAAAGCUACACUCCAUGAUUUGAAAGUUUCACAAUCUUUAUGUGAAAAACUCAUACAAGAGCGGGAUGAAAGUGAAUUAGAAAUUCAAGAAAUAAUUAAAAAGAACUCUCUUCUAAAAGCCGAGCUGGCUGAACUACACAUGAAAUACAUUUAUAGUGAAGACAAGUGCAAAGCCCUCCAAGACGUUGUGGACAGCUUCCAGCAGUGCUCUAGUGACCAUGAGAUAGCUCUUAGCCGUAUCGCUGAGUUGGAAUGUAGCUUAAUGGAAGUGCAAGAGGACAAUCCCAAGCGGCAAUGCAACACACCAAGUAGUCUUCAUGAUGAAUUAGUUGAAUGUGGACAGUUAAGUGGCUCUGUAAACUUUAAAAAAAUCAAUUUCUCUUCACAUAAGAAGUUGAAAAAAUACCUUAGAUUAAGUAAGUUUAUCAAGCGUACCCAAUCAAUUGUUAGAAAGAGUUCUUUAAAAAAUGUAGUUCAAUUAGAGAAAGACAAGAAAAACCUGGUUCAAGAGUUAGACAAAUAUCAUAGGGAUCUAGAAUAUUAUAAAAUCUUGUAUGAUGUAGAAACAAAUGAAUUAAAGGAGAAGAUAGACUCUUUAAGUCAUAUGUUAAAUGAUGUCAACCAGAAAUAUUCUGCUGCUCAAAUACAAAUAAACGAGCAUAUACAACAGGCAGAUGACUUAAUUAAAUUGAGUACUGAAAAUAUGGAUCGCUUUGAGGCAAUAUCAGACUUGGAUCUAAAGGUGUACACAUACCGCGGGUACGGGCGGGAGUACAUGAAGUCGUGCCGCACCAGCCCCGACGCGUAUAUUCAGCUGGCCAUGCAGUAUGCUUAUUACAAAAUGUACGGUCACCUUGUGUCCACGUACGAGUCAGCCUCCCUCCGUCGUUUCCGCGACGGUCGCGUGGACAACAUCCGCGCGGCGCACGGGCCGGCGCGCGCGUGGGCCGCGCACGUGUGCAGUGCGGACAGCCCCGCGGAGCUCGUGGGGGACGGGACGAAGAAGGUGUCCUUCGACUUGCAGGAGGGACAAAAGAAGCUCGAACUCUUUGAAGAAGCAGCCCGCAAGCAGACCACGAUCAUGGAAGACAACAUCCUCGGUCGCGGCAUCGACAACCAUUUACUGGGUCUGCGUGAAGCUGCGAGAGAGACGCUCGGCUCUCUGCCACCAUUGUUCACUGAUACCACUUAUCAGAAGAUGAUGGAGUUCAAAUUGAGCACUAGCCAAGUGGCUACAACAACGGACGGCACGUUCAUGGGCUAUGGCGCGGUUGUGCCCGACGGGUACGGCUGCAGCUAUAACCCCAAGAAGGACAGCGUCAUCUUCUGCAUCUCCUCCUUUACGUCAUCUCCCGUCACCAACACUGAAGCCUUCAGGCAGUCACUAGAAGAGGCCCUAGACGCUAUGAAAGUCAUGUUCCAAAAUCGGAAGACGGAUAAGUAA